UAAUCAAUCAAACUCGACUCAAUAAUAUUCUGAGAACGAGGUUCAGACUCAGAUCUGAGCAACCCUACCAGCCGCCAUGGGGAGAAGAAAGUCACGAGAAUGGUGUUGAAGGUUGACCUUCAGUGUGAGAAGUGCUACAGGAAAGUGAAGAAAGUGCUGUGUAAAUUCCCUCAAAUACAAGACCAGGUGUAUGACGAGAAGCAGAACACAGUGACGAUCAAAGUGGUGUGCUGUAGUCCUGAGAAGAUCAAGCAAAAGAUUUGCUUCAAAGGUGGCGAUUCCAUCAAGAGUGUUGAAAUUAUACCUCCACCCAAGCCUAAAGAACCUGAAAAGCCUAAAGAGAAACCGGCAGCGCCAGCACCAGCGCCAGCGCCAGCGCCAGCACCUGCACCAGCGCCAGCGCCAGCACCAGCAGCAGCGCCAGCAUCAGCGCCAGCGCCAGCGCCAGCACCAGCGCCACCAGAGCCGCCAAAACAGAAACCAAUCGAACCAAUACAGGCAACACCCAUACCCACGACCACGACCGAGCCACGACCAGCACCAGCGACACCUGAGCCGCCAAAACAAGACAAGCCGAAGGUUACUUUUGUGGACCCACCGCCAAACCCGGCACCGUACUUCCCACCACCGGCUUAUCAGAACCCGGGUGCAACGUGUUGCAGGGAAUGCUACGAGGGGCAUGGAGGAGGGCCAUGUUACCAACUAGAUUACUAUGGACCGCCAAGAUGUUAUUGCGGAUAUAACGGGAAGUCGGUGGAUGAUAGCUGGGGUGACGGUGGCAGUGGCGAUUGUUACAGAGUUAAUAGAUGUGAUUACUUAAGCGAAGAGAAUUCUAAUGCAGUUUGCAGAAUCAUGUAAAAGUAAUGGUGGUGCACUUCAUGCAUGAGAAGCCAGGUGGUUUCACUAUAGUUACGUUGUUUGUUGACAUUUGGGUAGUUUCUGUUUUGGUUUUUGUUAGAGAGAGUGUUGUCAGUUAGGUAGUAGUGUCGUAUCCAUACUCCUUUAUGUAUAUAAUUAAGUAAUUCUUGAUGAAUGGCUGCCUCCACUUUAUGUA